GUCCAUGUUCGCUCGGCAAAGAAAGUGAAGGGAGGUAACUCUUUUUGAAAGUCAGAAGGAAGAAAAUGAUGCGAUUUGUAUCAUCGUGCAAGCGAUUUACAGUGUUAUUACAAAGUCCGUUAAACACCGUUUCUAUUCCUUUUGAAACGUCAAGAUUCAAGCACACAGAUGCAAGAGCAAGGCCAGAUACGUCUUCUGUUGACUUUGCAGGCUAUAUACCCGUCAAUGAACUUGAUAUCUCAUAUGCUCGAAGUAGUGGACCUGGUGGACAAAACGUGAACAAAGUAAACACAAAGGUGGAAGUGCGAUUCCAUUUACAGAGUGCUUCUUGGCUGUCACAAGAAAUCAAGGACAAACUGAAAGAAAUGGAGAGCAACAAGAUUACAAAAGAUGGAUAUUUAGUUGUGUCAUCUGAAAGGACACGAAUUCAGCUCUUAAACCAAGCUGACUGCAUGGACAAAUUGAGAACAAUGAUUUUCCGAGCAGCCAUCAGGCCACGGGGACUGACUCAGGAGGAGAUUCAGCUUAGGGACAAAAGAUUGGCUAAAGCCAAGGAGCAAACAUUACUCAUGAAGCGGACACAUUCUUUGACGAAGCAGAACAGGGGUAGCAUGUAGAAUACACAAUUUGAACUUUUUUUUUGUGUGUGAUUGAAGGAUUUUUACUUGCCUGAGUUGGUAUGUGUAUGAAUAAACACCAGUAAAACAUCAAUAGUGUUUAAUAAAUACUUAACCAGGUGUGUA